AUGGCGGCGGCGAGCGGCGGCGGCCCCGGAGCGGCCGCGGAGGCCCCGGGAGGCUCCGGGGGGGCCCCGGGCGGGCCCCGAGCGGCUCCGGAGGCUCCCGGGGGGCCCGGGGGGGGUCCCGGGGCCGCGCGGGGCCCUCAGGGAGCGGCGGGGCCUGCGCGGGACGCGGAGGUGGCGGUGGAGAUCGGGGAGACGUAUCUGUGCAGGAGGGCCGAUGGCAGCUGGCCCACGGCGGCGCUGGAGAAGGAGCACGAGGCCAUCACCAAGGUGAAGUACGUGGACAAGAUCCACAUCGGGCACUACGAGAUCGACGCCUGGUACUUCUCGCCCUUCCCGGAGGAUUAUGGGAAGCAGCCGAAGCUCUGGAUCUGCGAGUUCUGCCUCAAGUACAUGAAAUACGAGAGGAGCUUCCGGCUGCACCUGGUGAGUUAUGAGCUGUCCAAGCUGGAGAGCACCGUGGGCUCCCCGGAGAAGCCGCUCUCGGACCUGGGCAAGCUCAGCUACCGCAGUUACUGGUCCUGGGUGCUGCUGGAGAUCCUCAGGGACUUCCGGGGGACCCUCUCCAUCAAGGACCUCAGCCAGAUGACCAGCAUCACGCAGACUGACAUCAUCAGCCCCAGUGCUCAGUGCCGUGGGCUCAGUGGUCACAGUGGUCACUCUCAGUGGUCACUCUCAGUGGUCAGUGGUCACUCAGUGGUCACUCUGUCCAGCCAGAUGACCAGCAUCACGCAGACUGACAUCAUCAGCCCCAGUGCUCAGUGCCGUGUGCUGUGUGCUCAGUGCUCACAGUGGUCACUCGGUGGUCACUCUCAGUGGUCAGUGGUCACUCCCGUGGGUCAAUGGUCACAGUGGUCACUCGGUGGUCACUCAGUGGUCACUCUCAGUGGUCAGUGGUCACUCGGUGGUCACUCUCAGCCAGAUGACCAGCAUCACGCAGACUGA